GGUACCACAAUGAUCAGAAGGCUGCUUUCUUUGAUUCUUCUAAGUACAUUGUCUUUGACCGAAGGGGAUGAGGAUCCUUUCCAGAGCUCUAUAACUGUGACUAAACUUGGAGAUAAUGUGACUCUGACAUGUAAAAUCCCUAGGGAUGAUGUUGGGUUGUCUUACUGGUAUAAGCUGAAAUUUGGAAACAUGAUUGAAACAAUUGCCUCAGGAAGUUUUGACAAAAUAUCACUAAAGGGACCAUUUAACAACUCAAGAUUCAAUGCCACAAAAGUGGGUGAUAUCUAUUCUCUUACCAUAACAAAUGCAACCAAAGAAGAUGAAGCAACUUACUUAUGCCAAGGAGGAAUGGCAUACAAAAUGGAAUUUUUUAAUAGCACGCUUUUGGUCGUGGAUGAUACAAAAACGCUGCAGAAAUCUUUCACCGUGAAACAAACUUCAGACGUGGAGUCAGUACAUCUGGGUGAUACAAUGACUCUGCAGUGUUCGCUCCUCUCUGAGAACAAAGAUGACACAGAUCAGUGUCCAGAUGAAGACAAAGUGCACUGGUUUAAAGGUGCAUCAGAAUCCCAUCCAGGCAGCAUUUACCACGGCAGUCUCAGAAAUAAAGAGGACGGGAGAUGUGACUACAGUCUGUCCAAAACUGUAACAAACUCAUCUGAUGCUGGGACGUACUACUGUGCCGUGGUGACAUGUGGACAGAUCCUGUUUGGUGAAGGAACUGUGGUUGAGAUAGGACAAAAGUGGGACCCGGUUGUCAUUGUGCUCGGCAUGCUGCUGGCUCUCUGUGUGAUUGUGAUCGCAGUUCUUAUUUUAUCCAGACACUAAAGGUUUUUCUUGCUUUGCUUUCUUAAAUUUAGAACAUUCAUGAUUUUUGGAACCAGAAUAUCAAAGAAAACAUUGUAGACAACAAAGGUUAAUCCAAUGAAUUAAUAAAACUGAUUAUGAAAUUAUUCCUUUUUAUACUCAUAUUGGCAUGCUUCAUUAAUGAAAACAUAUAAAAGGCCCAUGUCAUAGCAUAAUACAUCUGGUGGACUGGUUUUUGUUUACUCACUGUAGCUGUGAGACUAACAGUAGGAUAUUUGACUAACUGUAACACAGCGGUCUCCAACCUUUUUUGCGCCAAAGACCGGUUUAUGCCCGACAAUAUUUUCACGGA